UUUGGAGCCAAGAAAUUUGAUUUCAUAUGAGAUUAGAAGGAUUUACUGGUAAUCUCCUCGUGGAUACGAGCCGUGGAUUGAGGAUCCGACGGUGAUGGACACCUGCAGGUCACCCCCAAUCCACCCUUGCUGCCUCGCCUCCUCAAUCCCAACGGCUCGCUGCUCAUCCCAAUCCUUCCAAUGGCCCGCGCCGCAGCUCGCCUCCUCCCCCUCUUCCUCCUAUGGCGGCGCCCUCCCCCACCCGGCCUCCUCCGCCGCCGUCGCCUCCUAAACCCUAGCGGCCUUAAAACCCUGGCCACGCGCGCCGACACACUCGUCCUCCCCGGCGACGAGCGCUCGCCCUCGCCUCCGCACCUCCCGCACCAGCCGCGCCUGGACUAUGGCGGCGGGGGCGGGAGCCCUCCGGGGACGAUCGCCGCUAUCGUCACCUCCCUCGGCGGCGGCCCCGCGGCGGUCGGGAUCGUGCGGCUCUCGGGCCCCGACGCGGUCGCCGUCGCCGGCCGCGUGUUCCGCCCGGCCGGGUCCAAAAGAGCGCCGGCGCCGGCGGCGUGGCGGCCGCGGAGCCACUUUGUGGAGUACGGGCUCGCGCUCGACGCGGAGGGGAGCGUCAUCGAUGAGGUGUUGGUGGUGCCUAUGCUGGCUCCGAGGUCGUACACGCGGGAGGAUGUGGUGGAGCUCCAGUGCCAUGGCAACGACCUCUGCUUGCACCGCGUGCUCCGGGCGUGCUUGGAAGCUGGCGCCAGGCUCGCUGAUCCUGGUGAGUUCACCCUUCGUGCAUUCCUGAAUGGGAGAUUGGACUUGGCCCAAGCAGAGAACGUGUCAAGGCUCGUUUCAGCUAAGUCAUCCGCCGCAGCAGACUCGGCUUUGGCUGGCAUCCAGGGAGGCUUUUCUACUCUAGUAAAAUCGUUGAGAUCAAGGUGCAUUGAGUUGCUAACUGAAAUCGAAGCUCGUCUAGAUUUUGAAGAUGAGAUGCCUCCCUUGGACCCAAUGGUGCUUGUCAGCAAAAUUAAUUGUAUGAGGCAAGAGGUUCAGGAUGCUUUGGACACUUCUAAUUAUGACAAGUUGUUACAAUCUGGCCUACAGAUUGCAAUAAUUGGCCGCCCAAAUGUUGGCAAGUCAAGCCUCCUUAAUGCUUGGAGUAAGAGUGAAAGGGCUAUUGUUACUGAAAUAGCCGGAACUACACGGGAUGUAGUAGAAGCAAAUGUCUCAAUUCAUGGCAUCCCUGUUACUCUUUUGGACACAGCUGGUAUAAGAGAAACGGAUGACAUUGUGGAAAAAAUUGGAGUGCAAAGAUCCGAGGCUGCUGCACUGGGAGCUGAUCUGAUUAUAAUGACAAUAAGUGCAGUUGAUGGAUGGACUGAUGAUGAUACUAAGCUUCUUGAGCAUGUUUUGAUUAAUCAGAGGUCAUCAGGUUCUGCAGUUCCGAUGGUUCUUGUGAUCAACAAGGUAGAUUGUGCACCGUUUGUUUCUGGAGAACAGUUUGAACAGUUCAGUGGCCUCUUCAGAAAACGUAUACAGACAUGCGCAGUUACUGGUAAAGGCAUUUCUGAGUUGGAGAGUGCUGUAAUAGAGGUCAGGGGUCUUGAGCCUGUACCUUGGGGAAGACGAUGGACUGUAAACCAGAGGCAAUUUGAACAGCUCCUGAGGACCCAUGAAGCUUUUACACGACUAGAGUCAUCUAUCAAUGAGCAAUUACCGAUGGACUUUUGGACUAUAGACUUGAGGGAAGCUGCACUUGCUCUUGCAACAAUCAGCGGAGAGGACAUCUCUGAAGAAGUUUUGAGUAGCAUAUUCAGCAAAUUUUGCAUUGGGAAAUGAUCCACCAGCUCCUGUAGAUUAUUAUCAUCGGCCCUCUCAAAAUUGCGCAUCCAGUAGUUCUGAUCUGAAGCUCCUUCCUCGAAUCAGAAACAAGGAUUAACAAAUAACAACACACUGGCACAUAGAAUGAUGUGAGCAGGCACUCCACUUGUUCUCUGAAGUGCCAGAUGAAGAACGUGGCCAGGAACUGAAGCCCAAUCAUCUAAGUAUACACCAAUAGAUGCUGAGGAUAGAGUUCAUUGAAUUCGUCAUUUUGGGGUUGAAGCUGUUAAAUUAAUGUUCUUCGGAGUAGAUUCGUUAUACUUGCAAUAUCUUCCAAAUUUGAACAUCCGGUGAUGUUUAGGACUAGUUUAACUAUAUAUCGAAAUAGUAUGUUAUACUCUUUCGUUCAUCCACGUAGUUUUGAAUGUAUGCAUCUAGUUGUGA